AUGAUAUAUUAUAGGUGUAUAUAGUGUAAAAAAUUCUGAAUAUCUUCAGGCUCAGGCAACAUUAGAAGUUGGACAUGGCCAAACCAUCCAGCUUUUUUAAGAUCAUAGUCUCGAACGGUGACCAACAUCCUAAGCUUAUGAUUCCGAAAAAAUUUGCAAGUAUACACGGCAAGAACCUGGAUGACAAAAUUUCCUUGAAGGUUCCAGGUGGUUCAGUUUGGCCGAUUAAAUUAAAAAGACACAAGAACAAGGUUUGGCUACAGAAAGGUUGGCCAGAAUUUGCAGAACAUUAUUCGAUAGGUUUUGGUUAUCUGUUGGUUUUUGAAUAUCAGGGUGACUCUAAAUUUCAAGUUCUUGUAUUUGACCCAAGUGGUUUAGAGACAGACUAUCCACUAACUAGUACUACUGAGAAUCGUAAUGUUGUUAGAUUAGGCCGAGCUAAGAAGAGAGUAGUUGAUAGCGAUGAUUCAACUAGUGUCGAUGUGGUUAGGCCCUGUAAGAGGACAACAGCAAGCUCUUCUUGCAAAGCAGGCGAGGAUGGACCAAAAGUUAAGCAAGAAAAAGCAGAAAGAAACGGUGUAGCUCUUGCCUCAGCUAAAGCUUUUAAAUCCAAGAACCCCUCUUUCAUCCAUGUUAUGAAAUCAUCGAAUGUUGUUGGAGCAUGGCCUAAUGUGUACAUAACAAAUACGUUUAAGGAGGCCUAUAAGAAGUGGAAGAACAACGACAAGGUUAUCCUACGAGUAGAAAACAGACGGUGGACAGUAUAUUGCAGUGUGAAUUCCAAUCAGUGUAGAUUUGGCCGUAAAUGGGGUAAAUUUGCCCGAGAAAAUUCACUGAAUGUAGAUGAUGUUUGUGUUUUUGAGUUGAUCAACCCCUCAAGAAAAUUGCUACAAGUCUUGAUUUUCCGAGAAGAAGAAACCAGCUAUAAUAGAGUGGCUUUAUAUACUCCACUAAUCCACUCCAAAUCACAAAUAUUUUCACCAGAAGUUGAGCUUGACAUGGCCUCUUUUAAUUGGUCAAAUUCCCCGGCCAAAUCAAUACGAUUUUUCAAGAUUGUACUCACUGACAUUGGCUCACAUACUAAACUUAUGAUUCCCAGAAAAUUCGAAAGGCUUUUUGAGAAGAACCUUGACAAUCGUAUUCAGUUGAGUGUUCCAAGUGGUUCAGUUUGGUCGAUUGAUUUAGAAAAACAACAAGACAAGGUCUGGCUGCAAAAUGGUUGGCCGGAAUUUGCUAAGUUUUAUUCCAUAGGUUUCGGUUACCUUCUGGUUUUUGAGUACCAGGAAGAUUCUAAAUUUAAAGUACUUAUAUUUGACCCAAGCGCUUCAGAGAUUGACUAUCCAGCAAAUUGUAGUACCACUCUUGAAUUUGUGAAAUCAACCAAAGUGGAGAAGAAGAGGGAAAAUGAGUUUAAUAUUUCAGAUGAUUCGGAUGAAAUUAGCCCUCGGAAGAGAACUAGAGCAAGCUAUUCUUGUAUAGCAAAUUCUAAUGGGAAAUCGGCCUGCAAUGUGAAGAAGGAUCCCGCGCUUGCUGCUGCUAAGGAUUUUAAGUCCGAAAAGCCUUAUUUCAUUGUUUCUAUGACACCAUCACAUAUCAAAGGAUCGUCUGGAAUGCAUAUAACGAAGACCUUUGAAGAGGUUUAUAAAAAGUGGAUGAAGAAUGUUGAAGUUAUUUUAGAAGUUGGAGGGAAAACUUGGCCGGUGUUUAGUUAUUUUAAUUUGAGCAACGACCGAUGUGCUUUUAGGCAUGGAUGGGCAGACUUUGCACGAGACAAUUCGCUGAAGGUUGGCGAUGUUUGUGUCUUUGAACUGAUCAACCCCUCUAAAAAAUUGCUUAAGGUUCAUAUAUCAAACAAUAUGUGAAGCUGAGUACUCUAACCAGAAUGUAAUAAUUUCUGAGUUUCACUUUAUUAAUCACUGAGUACACUAAGAAUGCCUGGUCCUAUUGUGUGUUAUGUUGAAAUCAAGCUCUGUUUCUCUUCAUACAGCUUGUGCCUGUAAUAAAGACAAGAUGGAGAAUUUCAGUAUCCCUGUAAUUGACCAGUAAUAAGGAUUUUUGUGUUUCUA